AUGAUCACAAGACCAAGUGAGGAUGAUGAACUGGAGGUAGAAACAGCAAAGAACAAGCUCAGACCACUGAACCAGCUGCUGAAUGAACCUGAAACUGCUUCCAUGAGUUUAGAGCAGCUCUUGGCUCGAUGCAAGCUGACGCAUGCAGAAUAUGAGAGAUACCUGAAUAAAAUGAACACAAGGAGUACGAUCAUACUAAAGCGUGAUCCAAAAGACUCUUGGAUAAACGGCUAUAAUCCACAUCUGCUUGAAGCCUGGAACAGUAAUAUCGACAUAAGCUUUGUUCUAGAUGCUUUCGGUGCAGCAAAUUAUUUAAUGAAAUAUAUAUCAAAAAAAGAGGGCGGGCUAUCUGAGUACCUGAAAACUGUCAUUGAGAACUCCCAUAAGGACAGUGUAAAUGAGUGCGAUGAAAUGAGAGCCGUCAUGCAGGCAUAUUCAAAGAAGCGAGAGAUCAGUGCACAGGAGUGUGUUGCUCGUGCAUGUGGUCUUCACAUGAAGCAAUGUUCACGUGCUGUAAUAUUCAUACCAACAGAUGAUAAUCCUGUGAAAAUGAGUCGUCCCCUGUCAGUUCUGGACAACACAACACCUGAGUCUUCCAAUGUUUGGAUGACAUCUUUGAAUGACAAAUACAAAGCCAGACCUGAAACACCAGAGUAUGAGGAGAUGUGCAUGGCAGACUUUGCUGCUACUUGCAGGAUUGUCUAUGGCCAACAGACAAAAGGUAAAGAUGUUUUGCCCCUUCUCAAUGAGAUGGGAUUUGUGCAAAGGCGCAAAAAUGAUAAGCCUGCUAUCAUCAGAUUUCACCGCUGCUCACAAGAAAAACAUCCAGAGCAAUAUUACGGAAGACUGCUUAAACUGUACCUUCCUCAUCGUUCAGACCACGAACUGAAAACACCAUCUUUGCCAACCUAUCAGGCUUUCUAUGGUGCUGGCUGUGUACAGCUACCAGGUACUGACCGUCUUGAGUACGUGCAACACAUUGUCAAAAGAAACAGAGAGAAAUAUGAGAAAAACAGUGAGGAGAUCGAGAGCGCUGUUGAGGAAUAUGAACAGAACAGAGGUAUGACUGAUGAAUGGUGUAAUCUGGCACCUGAAUCAGAUCUCGAAGAUGUGCCUGACUACAGCCGUCAGGCUGAUGCUUCAACAGAAGUCAGAGCCAUCAGGGAACCCCCUGCUAUUGAUCCCACGUUGUUACGUCAGAUGUUUCAGAAUCUGAAUAAGAAGCAAGCCUGCAUAUUUUAUGCAGUUAGAGACUGGUGCAUUAAAAGAGUCUGUGCUCUAAAUCCAGAGCAGUUUUUCUUUUAUAUUAAUGGUGGUGCUGGAACAGGAAAAUCACAUCUUAUCAAAUGCAUCUACUCAGAAGCAUCUAAGAUACUGAGCAAAGUGCCCAGAUAUGCAGACGACGUUGACAUAUCAAAACCCACUGUCCUGUUAACUGCUUUCACUGGGACUGCAGCAUUUAACAUUUCUGGAACAACACUGCAUUCUCUUCUCAAGCUCCCGAGAAGCUUAAAACCUCCCAUUCAGGGACUUGGCAAUCAGCUGGAUGAAGUCAGAUCAGAACUUUUGAAUGCUGAAAUAAUCGUCAUUGACGAAGUGUCUAUGGUGUCAAGACAUCUCUUUGCAUAUGUAGAUGCAAGACUCAAACAGAUCAAAGGGACUCGGAGACCCUUUGGAGGCAUGUCAGUCAUUGCUGUUGGAGACUUCUAUCAGCUACCCCCAGUGCGACAGUCUAAACCGCUCUGUGUGCACGACCCGUCCGAGAUCGACCUGUGGCGGGAGCAUUUUCAGAUGAUCACUCUGACUGAGAUUAUGCGUCAGAAAGAUGAUGUUGUCUUUGCUGAGAUGCUGAACAGAAUCCGUGUGAAAGGAAAGUUGGAUGAGCUUUGCGAAGCAGAUAGAGAUUUGUUGUCACAGGCCAUAACUGAACCAGCCCUUUGUCCGACUGAUGCGUUGCACAUUUUUGCAACUAAUAAAGAAGUGGAUGCACACAACUCUGCAACACUGGCUCUGCUCCAUACUCAUAUCAUUGACAUCCAUGCAGAUGAUUAUAGAAAGGAUCCUAGAACUGGCAGAAUGGCACUUCAAGACAGACCAUUCAAAGGAGGUAAAAACGAGUUACCAGACACACUGAAAGUUGCAGAAGGAGCUCGUGUCAUGCUCACCAGAAACAUUGACAUACAAAAUGGUUUGGUUAAUGGAGCUUUUGGAAAACUACUUAGAGUAGUUUACUCUGAAAAUGACCAACACAUCAUCAAGCUUGGACUUAAAAUGGAUAAUGAGACAUCUGGAAAGAAUAACUGCACACCAGCAGACGACAUGGUGUACAUUGAGAGAGCAGAGGAGAAUCUAAAGCAGAAAGGAGUGGUACGAAGACAGUUCCCAGUAAAGCUGGCCUUUGCAUGUACAAUACAUAAGGUACAGGGUAUGACAACCACAUCAGCUGUUGUCUCUCUUAAGAGCAUUUUUGAGCCCGGCAUGGCCUACGUAGCUGUCAGUAGAGUGACGUCUCUCAGUGGACUGUAUCUUCUUGAUAUGGAGGAGAAAAAAAUAUUCACCAACCCAGAAAUCACUGCAGCGCUUGAGAACAUGAGACAAGCCAACCUUGAUGACAUGAUGCCUCUUCUACACGUGAGAAAAACACUGAGCAGGUCAGAGGUUUUCACCAUUGUUCAUCAUAAUACAGAGGGACUGCCAGCUCACAUUAAUGACAUCAAGAGUCACCAUGAAUUCUGUCUAGCAGAUGUUUUGUGCCUAACAGAAACACACCUGCGGGGCUCUUUUGUCGCAGAGAGUCUCCACUUGGAAAAUUACAAUUUGUUCAAACGCAACAGACACCUGUCCUACACAAACUUUCCCCAGAUGGCAAACAGAAGUGGUGGUGGAGUUGCUGUUUAUGUGAAAAGUGACAUUAAAGUGCAUGAAAAACAGUACAUCCAUAAUGUAACUGACCUUGAAUUUCUGGCUUUAAAGGUUGAAGCACCAGUCAGUGCACUGAUUGCAGUUGUAUACAGACCUCCAGACUACACUCUGAGGCCAUUCCUGAAAAACCUGAGCUGAGACACUCAAGACUGAACAGACUGCACAGUUUCUGUGACUGAGCCUCCAAAACACCUUCUUUGAAACCACACAUGAUAGAAGGGCUUUAUAUUUGCAGCAGCACUACUAAAGGUAUUCAGUUUAUUACAGGAUGUGUUUGUUUCUUAGGACCAGCUCUAAGUGCACACUACCUAACAUAUACACCUUUCUGUUCAUUACAAACCAACUACUCUGGAUCAUAUGGCCAGUCGGCAGGAAUGUUUCUGCAGGAAAACAUCACUGGAGAUCACCAUCAUUGUCAGACUGACUGUGCCUCCUCUGUGCAGUGUCAAGAUCCUCCUUAAAUGAGUGUUCCUCAGCUAUCCUGCUUCUGUGCUGCUUGCCACACAUCAAACACUGGCCGGAUGACAGG